AUGGGCGAUAAAGCCGAUGAUAUAAUGAGUACGCUGCCUCUGACAGAUGAAGAAAGAAACAACUACAGUAAAGUCAAGGAUGCGUUUGAGAAACAUUUUGUAUGCAAGUACAAGGAAUGGACAGAUUACAGGCUAUCUUGGAAUCCUGAAGACUAUGACAGUAUUGACAUUGUGCGAAUUCCUCCCUUAAAAGUGUGGCGUCCAGACAUCUACCUAAUCAACAAUAAUGAUGGUCAGUUUGACGUUGCCCUCUAUGUGAAUGUGCUAGUGAGGAGUGAUGGAACUGUCUCCUGGUAUCCACCAGCCAUCUACCGCAGCUCCUGUUCCAUAGAGGUGGCGUACUUUCCAUUUGACUGGCAGAACUGCACAAUGGUGUUUCGUUCCUACACAUAUGAUUCCUCAGAAGUGGACCUUCAGUACGGUCUAGAUGAAGAUGGCAACGAGCUCCAUGAGAUAGUGAUUGAUGAGAACGCAUUUACUGAGAACGGUGAGUGGCAGAUUUGUCAUAAGCCCAGCAGAAAGAACAUCCACGAUGACUUGUAUGAGGACAUCACCUUUUAUCUGAUCAUUGAGAGGAAGCCUCUGUUCUACAUCAUUAACAUCAUCGUGCCCUGCAUCCUCACCAGUGUGCUGGCCAUAUUUGUCUUCUAUCUGCCACCUGGUGCAGGUGAGAAGAUGACUCUGUCUAUCUCAGUCCUCAUUGCUCUCACUGUUUUCAUGCUGUUGUUGGCUGACAAAGUUCCAGAAACAUCACUUGGCAUUCCUAUUAUCGUUAAAUAUGUAAUGUUUACCAUGAUCGUGGUGACGUUCUCAGUCAUCCUUAGUGUGGUGGUCCUGAACCUUCACCACAGGACUCCCAGCACACACCACAUGCCCGUAUGGGUGCGAAAGAUUUUCAUCAACUUACUGCCCCGCUACUUGGGUGUGCUGAGGCCCCAAACUGAGGAACCGGUGGAGGACGAGCCAAAAGAAAACAUCCCGUUGAGUUGUCUGGACAAAGGUCUUAAACCUGGAGGUGAAUAUUUCAUUCGAAAGAUCAACCCAGAGCUGGUAUUGCCUUGGAGAGGAAG